CUCACACCAUUUUUCAAGCCUGGCAGAUAGUACUGCAACCAUGCCAGUCAUCCCAGCGGAUCCGGAGCUUGGUAAUGCGUCGCCCAGUAUCAAUGGGGGCCUAUCGGGUGAAGCUAAGAGUAAAGGAUCUCGUAUGCGCGCUAGGUCGACUCCAAUCUUUCUUUGGCUCCGACGAGUUGUUACGGCCCUCUGGAGUGAUACCAAAACAGUUUGCUCGGACCGCAUCACCAGAGUAGUAGAUCUGCCCAGAAAGAUCAUACGAUCGUCUAUUGCUUGGGUGCUAAGCUGGCGCCUAGUUUGUUGGAUGAAGACGGUAUACCAUCGAGCUGAGGCAUUGUUUCCGGGGUGGGAACUAGGGGUCGUUGCUGCCAUCGUAGUCGCUUUUGCCUCAUUAGUUUUGCACAUUGUAUUUGUUGUAGCUGUUUCCAUCAAGUUUAAGCCGAGAUCAAAUGGCCUGGGAACCCUAUGGGAAGGGAACUGCAAUGCCGUGGAUUGGGUCAACAAGGUUGUGCAUGGCUUGAUCAAUUUGUUAAGCGCAAUUCUCAUCGGGCAGUCUAAUUACUGCAUGCAACUUCUGGCUUCUCCUACUCGAAAGGAAGUGGACUUCGCGCACAAGAACCGCAAGUGGGUCGAUAUUGGCAUACCGAGUUUUCGAAAUGUCUGGCAGGGCCAUAUUGCCCGCCAACGAAUAAUCUGCUGGCUGCUUCUGAGUUUUGCAUCCUUGCCAUUGAAUCUAUUAUGGAAUUCGGUAAUCAUAUAUUCGCCCGUCGCCUAUCAAUAUAAUCAACUCACAGUCACUGACGGCUUUGUGCGUGGUUUACCUUUUGAUGACAAUAACAACAACACAGGGCUGGCAAUAAUCGAUUACGCCACAGAAGGUCCAGGAGCGGUUUGGCCUGAUAAUCUUCAAUUUCUCCAGCAAGAUUUACUGGCCUACGAAAGACUGGAGAACGACGACUGUAAAAAGAAGUACGCACAGUUUUUCAUUACGGAUCGAUCUGACGUUAUAGUGGUUACCAGACCAUCUACACCCGACUCAAACAGAUCGACGGUCCUGGGCGGAGCUGGGGCUGGAUGGGGUCAAUGGCCAUAUCAAUGGCUUUGUCCGCCGGAGGUACGCCAAACCCUCGAUUGCUCCAAGACACUGCAGAGUCCGGGAAAUGACUGGAACUUUCCCAAUUAUGGCAAGCCAAAGGUGGAAUACUGCCUGAGCAAAAAGAUGGAAAAGAAGUGCAAGCUCGAAUACGGCGUUUUGGUCGGUAGCCUUACCGUUGGAGCGAUCGGCCUGAAAUUCUUGCUCUUCGUUGCUACCUACGUAGUCCUCAAGCUAAAUUCCAAAACGGCGAAUAAAUCCGGGGCCCAGAUUGAUCGGAUGAUGCAGCCUCUGGUAACAACGGGCGACGCAAUCGCUUCUUUUCUCGAGAUUGAAGAUAAAACAACAAUCGGAAUGAGCAUGGCCGAAAAAGAACACUUUGAAAACGGCAUUUGGGAUCAUCACUGGAUACGCAUUAGUCCGAUGCCUUGGCGUGAGCGUCGUCCUUGCUCCCGCUUUCGCGCCAUAGGGGUCCGUCGAUGGUUGGUCGGGAUGGUCAUAUUGUUGAUCAUUCCGAUGCUCCCGCUCUGGUUUCUCGUGUCGAAAUAUUCAUGGCUAAGGGACGACCUAGCUUUAGACAUUGGCGCUAUUCGAGAGCUAGGCUUGGGUAACCCGAGCGGCCUUUUCCUCUUCGGUGUUUGGAAUGGCGACAUUCAGACGGACGACUCCGUAUCUUUCCAAACAGAGGUGAGCGCAAAAGACACUUUGCGUAACAUUGUGGCGUCGAACUCUCCUCAAUUAGCGCUCGCCCUUGCGUACUUUAUCUGGAACAGUCAUAUCACGGUCAUGAUUUCGGCGCGCGAGUAUACCAUGUACGCUGCAUCUACCAAAUGCAUGAACGAUACACAGUAUCACCAACCGAAGCAUGCUCUCCGCUUAACAUAUGUCCGCGAAGGAACACAGCAGCGCAAUUCACAUUUCUUCGCCAUUCCUUUGAGGUACUGGAUCCCGAUAACAGCACUUUGGACGCUCUUACAAUGGCUCGCCUCUCAAGCGGUUUUCUUCGCUCGACUCGACUUACUCAGCCACUGGCUUCAAGUAUCGGAAUACUCCAUUUCUCAGGUAGGAUAUUCAGUACUCGGCAUAAUAUGCUUCACAGCAGUCUCCUGCGUUGUGUUUAUCUCUGGGUCAGUGCUCUCGAUCAAAAACAUUAACAAUGAGAUGCCACUCGCCGCCACCUGUAGCGCAGCUUUGAGCGCAGCGUGUCAUCCGAAAGAUCCAACGUUGAAGCACUUUGAGAAGAAGAUUCAUUGGGGAGUCGAAAAAGCAGACGACGAAGCAAUCACGGGUGGAAUUGAUGGGAGAGAACCUUUGGAACGAUGCACCUUUACGAGUCUCGAGGCUCGAUAUCCGACCACAGGUAGUUUUUACGCAUAA